AAUAAAACAUACCGGAAGUGCUGAUGUUGUUGUAGAACGCUGCAAACCGUCUUCCGGUGCCUAUUUCUGUCAAAAUGGCUCGUUCACUACCGUUCAAAAUUGCAGUUGUUUUCACUGUUUUGUUUGCCGUAUGUACGGAUUUCGUAUUUUGUAAUAACGGUAGAAGGGUCGGAGAUGUCAUGGACACAGAAUUCAGCGGUUUCUCCGUACCCCUUGAACACUCUUUUGAAGUUGAUGAUGUAGCAAAGUUUAGAGUGCGCGGAGCAUUGGUGUUGAAGGCUGGAAGGGAGCCUUCAGUGUCCCUAAGUCAGAGCCAGCUGUCAGAGGAGGACAGAACCAAACUGAAGGAAGUGGCUGCGGUGGACGGGCUGUACAGAAUCAGAGUCCCUCGUGUUUUCCUGCAGGCAGACAGGCAGACAGAGCGGCAGAUGGAUGGUUACCUCACAGCGUUCGUCAGAGCCUGUGCCAUGGUUGAGUCCCAUCUGAGCGACAUCAUCUCCCUCCACACUGACGUCUCUGGGUACCUCAUCGGUGUCUCCAUAGUGACGCUCCCUGGCGCCUGCAGAGGCACUGAGGUUGAAGAUGAAGUUGAUCUUGAGGUCUUUAACACCACGCUCAGCAUCAUGGCGCCUGUCAACGCACCGGGACCUGAGACGGCUCUGUUCCUCGAACGAAUGGAAAUGGAAUCGGAGAAGAAAGGGAAGAAUCCACAGGAGCAGAAAUCUUUCUUUGCUAAAUAUUGGUAUUUGAUUCUGGGAGGUGCAAUCUUCCUCAUGGUCAGCAACUCAGCACAGCCCCCAGCAGGGGGAGGCAGAGAGCAGAGCUGAUUCCCACUGAAUGGAUGUACAUUGUGCCUCUCGUCCUCUUCCUCAUGAUGUCUGGGGCUCAAGACCAGUCAGGGGGAGGAGCCGGAGGUGGAGCAGCCAACGGAGGAGGCCGAUGAUCAAAACGCAACCACUUCUCUUUUUUUGUUUGUUUUUUCCUGGUGAACAUUUCCUGAACAACAUUUCCCUGGAACAGUUUUUAACUGCUGUAUAUAAUGCUAUUGAAGUCUGCCACACACACAAAAAACUUAAAGCUGUACAGCAUAGAGGAGAUAAUGUGCCCUGCAGAUGACUGCAUUUUUAAUACUAAUGUGAAAAUAAAGUAUUUAUUACUUGA